AUGGCGCGUAAUGAAGAAAAAGCACAGUCUAUGUUAUAUCGUUUUCGUGAGGCGCAAGCAGCCGAAUUAGGACUGGGGAAGGUACGAUUACGUCGUCCUGCUUUUGCAGGCUCUGUUAGUACAGUACAAGAAGCAGAAAGAUGGAGAAGAGAUAUUUUGAGUGAAAUUUCAAGAAAGAUUUCAAAGAUUCAGGAUGUGAGUUUGUCUGAUUAUCAAGUGCGUGAUCUAAAUGAUGACAUUAAUAAACUUAUGGGACAAAAAUAUGCUUGGGAAAUGCGUAUUAAGGAAUUAGGUGGCGCUGAUUAUACUAGAUCUGCCCCUAAAAUGAUUAAUUUUGAAGGAAGAGAAGUUCCUGGCACAAGAGGAUACAAAUAUUUUGGUCGUGCAAGAGACUUACCCGGUGUAAGAGAGUUAUUUGAAAAAGCUGCUGCUGAUGUUACACCAGCUAAAGCAAAGAUUGAAAUAAAUCGAGAUCUUGAUGCAGAAUAUUAUGGAUAUGAUGAUGAGCAGACCAUAUUGCUUGAAUAUGAACAAGCGCUUGAAAAGGAAUUGAUUGAAAAAUUACAUGAUGCACCUGAUACGACUUAUGUGGAAGAAAAGGGACCAAAGCAAGAUCAAAACGAAGAGUAUCAUGAUAAAAAAGAACAAGAAAGUAAUGCAGCAACAGAUAAUAAUAAUGUGCCUUCACAGAAAGAAAUAGAGACAUAUCUAGUGGAAAGGCGAAAACAACAGUUACUGGAUAAAUAUGUUUCUGAGGAUUUGAAGCAAAGUGAAGAAGAAACUAAGCAAUUGACAGAUGUAAAAUUAAAUGGUUAA